AUGUACGACCAAGAUGUUUUUGCCUCGGUGGAGCGAUGUCCCAUGUAUUCUUCCUUCUUCGCGGCGAUGGGAAUCGCAUUCGCAAUCAUAUUUACAACAUUCGGCGCAGCCUAUGGCACUGCUAAGUCGUCCAUUGCCAUCUUCUCCAGCGGUGUCCUUCAUCCCGAUCGAUUGAUGCAGAACACUCUAUGCUCGAUUAUGGCUCAAAUCCUCUCCAUAUAUGGGCUCGUCGCCGCAGUUAUAAUGUCCAACUCGGUUAAAGAGAAAAUGGCCGCCCACACAGGUUUUAUGCAGCUUGGUGCCGGAAUGGCUGUUGGCCUGUGUGGGUUGGCGGCUGGUUUUGCAAUUGGUAUUAUUGGAGAUGCCGGUGUGCGAGCGAGUUCCCAACAGCCUCGACUGUACGUUGGCAUGGUUCUCAUUCUCAUUUUUGCCGAAGUCCUGGGCCUCUAUGGAGUGAUUGUUUCGAUUCUCAUGAUUACAAAGUCCAACGAAGAUGUCACGGUUUGCAAAUAUUAG